CCACGGAGUUUCUGCUCCCGGAGCCGCAGACCUCUCGGGAGAGCGCGGCGCAGGGUGGCGCAGGUAACCCUCGCGGGCGUGCCCGGCUUCGCCCCGGAACCCUCGUCCUGGCACCCUGGCCGGGCUUGCUCAAGAGGAGCUGGGGACCACAACAGGCCGGCUGCUCCACGGAGGCUGGCCUUGAACCCUGCGCGGAUCUGGACAAGGAGAGCUUCUCCUUGUGAGGCCGAACUUCAGGAAUUAAUGGAACAAAUUGACAUCAUGGUGAGCAAUAAAAAACUGGACUGGGAAAGGAAGAUGCGAGCUUUGGAGACAAGAUUAGACCUCCGGGAUCGAGAGCUGGCAAAUGCACAAACGUGUUUGGAUCAGAAAGGUCAAGAGGUGGGGUUACUCAGACAGAAGUUGGACAGCCUGGAAAAAUGUAACUUAGCAAUGACUCAGAAUUAUGAAGGACAACUACAAACUCUGAAAGCUCAAUUUUCCAAACUAACUAAUAGCUUUGAAAAACUGAGAUUACACCAGAUGAAACAAAAUAAAUGUCAACAAAAAGAGUCACCACACCUCAAAGAAGAAAUACCCUUUGAACUGACCAACUUGAACCAGAAAUUAGAGAAACAGGCACAAAGUUACCAAACUCAACUAAAUGGUAAAAAACAGUGCCCAGAAGACAGCAGCUCUGAAAUUCCUCGGUUGAUAUGUGAAGCAGAUCCCAAGUGUGAAACGAAUGAAAGAGAUGAAUUCAUUAUUGAAAAAUUAAAAUCAGCUGUGAGUGAAAUAGCAUUAAGCCGGAAUAAGUUACAAGAUGAAAAUCAGAAGCUGUUCCAAGAGCUGAAAAUGUACCAAAGACAGUGCCAGGUCAUGGAAGUAGGACUCUCAGAGGUAAAAAGUGAGUUACAGUCACGUGAUGAUCUCUUGAGAAUUAUAGAAAUGGAACGAUUGCAGUUGCACAGAGAAUUAUUAAAAAUAGGAGACUGCCAAAACGCUCAAGAAAAUAUAAAAAGACUACAGUCAUCUUAUUCACCUUCUAUUAAUGAAUCAGAAAAGAAAAGGAAAGAGCUGUUUUCAGUAACCCCAGACCAACCAAAUCAUGAAAAAGACUUGAAUAAG